AUGGACCAGCACAUGAACCAGGAGUCGGAUACUUUGUUCCUCUCAACAGCGUUUCGAAAGCAUUUCGCUCGCUUUCAGGUGAAUGUUGAUGGGAUUGGACCUACUGGCCAACGCCUUUCGCUCGCUUUCAGCCAUCUUGUCCACAUAAAGCGUUCCAUCCAGAUGAUCACAUUCGUGCUGUUCUGUAAGAUACCAGCCUGCCACCCGGAGGCUUCAACCUUGAUCACGGCUCAACCCUGUAACCUCGACUUCCAGACUACGCUCCACCAAAGCCCUGAAUCCAUCAAACACUGCGACAGGGAAACCCAUAAAACAACUAAGCCAUUGUGA